AUGUCGCAUCUUUCGGAAAUUGAUGUAUUCAGAAAAACAAUCUAUGCCGAAGCAAGAGGAGAACCUCAUGAAGGACAAGUCUGGGCUGCUUGGGUGAUCAAGAAUCGAGCUCGAUUAAACAGAUCUUAUUGGGGUGGAAAUUCAAUCAAAAAUGUUUGUUUAGAACCUGGUCAAUUUGAAUGUUGGAAUGGUAGAUCUGAUAUUCAGAUUAAUGAACGAGAAGCUUAUGCACAAGUAUGUCAAGUGGUUGAUCAUGUUUAUAGUGAAGAUUAUAGUCAAGAUCCAACUGGUGGAUGCGAUCAUUACAAUUGUCCAGAGAAAGAAGGUUACCCACCCUGGACUCAAAAUUGUCAAAAAAUACGAAAGAUUGGUCAACAUCAAUUUUACAAAGGUUAUCAAUAA